AUGGUUGAAGGACAGAGGACGUCGGGGAUUCCAGGAGAUAAGCUCACGGAGCAGGCUCUAUUGGCUCCUGCUUUCCCGGCCGAUGCAGCAUGGUUCUCGAUGAUUCUGUGGCUACCUGCCUGGAGCUCAACUCUUCCAUCGCCAAGACUCAGCGGCGUAGGGAGGAACAACUUGGUCAGACUAGCGCAAACGUCGGGCCAAGCGAUGGUUCGCGGUCGCUUGGCUCGCGUUGUUGUCGCGUAUUUGUUCUCCCGACUGUUCGGGGUUGGCGCUCUCAUCCGUUUCACCAAGUUCAUCGACGUGACAGACCAGCCUUCGACGACAUAUUUUUCGCAUUUUUUCACCAUCGACGCGAUGCACAAGUGUCUGACCCGGAGAUUGCGGGGCGCUCAAGCGCUCGUCUGUUUUCCACCAAGCAUGCAAUCGGGAGGACUUCUCCACGAACUGGCCGACGGUGCAAACCAGGCGUUCAGGACGAUAGUACCCUAUCCACGCGAUCGAAUCCCCUACCACUGGAACGUAGCCUGGAUCCCCAUUGCAUGCUACUUCCCUUUCUUCUUCCUGGCCUAUCUGGCUCGGAGGCCGGAUACCUACCUCAUCCGACUCCUCCUGCUGCCCUCAGUAAUCUCCUUGAUUCUCGUCGCAGCCUACCGCUUCACCUUUACACAACCAGAACUUAACGUCUACAACUGGGGUGCAGCACUCCUCGCAGCAGUGGCCAUCGCAAAGAGCCUUGAGUAUGCGUUGAACCCCGAGGGCAUGCUCAAGGUCGGAGAGAUUCGUCCAGGUGUUACAAAGGGCAAGGCCAAGCACGUGCCCAACGGCUCUGCCAUCCCCAACGGCUACUAUUCGCAUUCCGACGAGGUCGAGGAGCGCCACAACUACUGGCUAUACGAUGCUUUCGAGCUAGCACACACAUUGCGUGGCCUCCAAUGGAAGUUUGGUCAGGGGAUGCACAUCCCACCAUUCGAACGCCCUCUCGAACGCAAGGCCUUCCUUCGAGCAACUUUCAUUUCCUUCGUCAAGAACUUCCUAUUACUCGACCUACUCGAAUCCCUGGUGAAACUCUUCCCAGGCGUGGGCUCCCCAACUGGAGGGUCCAUCUGGUACUCAGACCUCAAACCGCCCCUUCGAUUCGCCGUGGCAACUAUCAUCCACCUACUAACCGGGGGCGCAAUCUUAUCAGGCUUCGGUAUGGUCUAUGACCUGAUAACCCUCAUCGCCGUCGCCUUCUGUGGAAGCUCUCCGCGCUCCUGGCCGCCCGUCAUGGAUAACCCAUGGAUUGCGGAGUCGAUGCACGAGUUCUGGGCCAAGCGUUGGCACCAGCUCCUACGUCAAACCUUCCUAGUCUUUGGUGGGUACCCCGGCAAGUGGAUCGCCGGGCCUAUGGGCAUGGUGUUCGGGACCUUCCUGGCGUCUGGGCUAUUCCACGAGUGCGCGAUGUAUAACAUGGGUCGGGGAUAUGACCACAGUGCAACCCUCUUCUUCGGCGCACAAGGACCAGUAUUGGUACUGGAGCGUCUUUGGCGGAAGGUCACUGGGAAGAGGGUUGGCGGGUGGCCGGGUAGGCUAUGGGUAUACUUCAUUAUGUUUAUUGCAGCACAGCCGAUGGUGAACGCAUGGCAUCGUCGUGGCCUUGGUGGAGGCAUGGUGAUUCCACCAUUCAUUAGUCCUAUGAGAAUAUUUAUUGUACCCAACAUCCAGAGGUUUGUAAACAGCCUUCACUGAUCACUGACUCACGGUUCCAUCGGCCGCAAACUUAGAAUACGAGACCCCACCUCAUGUACCGUAUACAUACUGACCACGAUCUAUAACUAUCCCCUCUAAUUGA